AUGGACCUAUACGGCAUCAUGGCAGAGGAUCAAAAAGAGCCACAGCAGCUGGUCGAAACGGCUCUGCAGAAUUCUAUUCUCCCCGUGGAACGUCCUCUUUCUCUCUUUGAGCGCGUGAUCACAACCAAUGCCCCCAUUAUAGAGUCCCUGUUACUCCAGAUUCCGACCGACACCAUCCUCAAGCUCUACCACACCUCCCAUUACCUUCGCACCUUUCUUCGCUCAUAUCCGAUCGCAUGGAGGUCUCUCUCAUUUCGUUUGCUCUUUCCAUCGGGCAGUUUCCCGUCCAGCCGCAUUGUCAUUCCGGGCAUGCCAGAUCCCGAUCCGCAACGCCAGUCCCGACCAUACGCCCUGGAUCAGCUGUUGAUGCAUGUGGUGAUUCCAUUCAGCGGAUGUCUCAGGAGCCUGGAGCUUGACAACACGGCCGUCUCAGGUCAGAUCUUGAUUUCGACGGUUUUGCAACCGCGCAAGGAAUACUUGGAGCACCUUUCCGUUCGCGGGUGCAAGAAUGUCUCGCUUAAGUAUCACAUCAUCCCUUAUCUGACGAUGUUCGGACUGCAAUAUGACGUGGAUAUUGAACGGAAUCUCGGCAGCCCUCCGGCGACCAAGGGGUUGGCGCUCAAGAGUCUUUACGCAUACCGAUGCCGCCAUCAUCGCCGCCGACCUUAUCUCACUAGUUCUCUGUCGCGCAAGGAUUCUGAUUCGGAACCAACCCAUGAACUUGUCAACCUCUGCCAUAAACUGGGGAUCUGGACUGAUACCGCGUGGUGUACUACGCCUGCUGGCAGGUGUUUCCGCAGGCGCGGGUAUGUCGCCAUGCGUGUUCCGCAAGGUUCCCCUGAAGUCUGGGUGGUAUUCGAUCGACUGUGGAGAUGCAAGAACUGGAUCGGCCCAGUUGAUUCAUCCGUACAGCGCCCUCGUGUAGACGAUGGGAAACUCUGGGAGAAUUGCGACACAGGGUGCUAUGGGGAGGCGGUUGGCACAGGUGAAGGACCCGAUAUGGGCGAGGGUAAGAUGACUCCUGCACAUCUUCGCCGAAGCCAUACUCAGUUUGUGGAAAAUGUGAAAUGCGACGGCUGCCUGGAGGAUAUUUCGGAAAGGUGCGAGCAAUGCAGCAUCCUGAUGCAUUGUGUGGGAUGCCGCAGAACCCUGUGUGCCAGUUGCGCUUACGAGCGGCCAUACCUUCACCGCGCAAACUCCAGUGCUUUUGCUGGAAACCAUCGCCACGAAAGCGACGCGCAGGCCCCCGACUCCAUCUGGUGGGCCCCCGGCGCUACACUCGCACCUAGCUCAAUGCAUGAUCCCGUCAUCAACUCUCUCGACAGCACAACGUUGUUUCAAGGAGGGGCACCCACGUCACAUCCUGCUCUCAAGUUCCAUUGGUGCUGCACAGAACCCAUCUUCUCCGGAGGUGGCGGCAUCAGCAUCGGCACCCCUAGUAGGGAUGUGGAUCAAGUGCGCGCUGUGCCUCUGCCUCGUAACCGAGGCUGGGAGGACCUCGAGUACACCGUCAGUGAGUGGAGCAAGACAUUUCCCAAGUACGCAUACGGCGACCCCAGCAAACCAGAUUACUCUCUCGAGACCGGUCACCUUGCCAUGAUGAAGUGGUUACUAGGACCACCCAAUCGGCAAGUCUCACCAUGCCCCCGGAACUUAUGCCAGGAGUGCUACGACUCGCCACAAUGGAAGGUACACUGCAAAAGCUGCUCCAAGCCUCUUUGCAUUGAGCAUGACCUUCGUGGUCUCCGUCUGCGCAUCUGUGGCUACCGAGACCUCGCAUUUGAGAAGAUGACCAUUCAAAACCGAGCGGCAGUCAGCACUCCAUCCCCGGAUCCACUGUUCAACCAACUUUCGGGAUUCGACCUUCCUUUCCGCACCCAGCGGCAGGUUGAAUCCACCAACAGUAGUUUUAUCGAGGACCAACAGGGAGACAUCAUCAUAGACGACAACCUAUCGGAUGUCCCCACCGGUGACCCGAUUCUUUUCCCUCGCAAUCCCACUCGUUCUUUCUCCGCCCCACCUUCUAAUCAUUCGGGAUCGUCCUCUCCUUCUUCUUCGUACUUUGAAUCAACUUUUGAGCCUACUCGGUGGCAAGGUUGCCAAUCUUUCUUCUGUCCACUGUUCCGUGCCCACGGGGAUCAGCGGCUGCGAUGCUCGAGCGACCUUCGAGAAUGCAAGGCCUGUGCGGUCUAUGUCUGCCAGGAUUGCGUGAUAGCCAAUCCGCCCUGCAAAUGCACCUAUUGUGAAGAGAACUAUCUGUGCCCAAACUGCAUGAAAGUCCGUGCCCGUGAUGGCACUUGCCGCCGACGAGAAGAGGAGAAGGCCCGCAGAGAGCGCAAGUGGAAAAAGGACAUGCAGGUGCUGGAGGGCAUCUUGGAACUCAAGGUGGCCAAUGAAAUCGCCGAGUUCGCGGGCCAAUUCUUCGAUUUUAUCGAGCAUGGUCCGGAUGGUGGAGCUCCUAUCACACCCAUCGAAAUCUAUGAAUCCGACGAUCUUUUCCCUGGCACCUCUGAGGGACCUGUGGAUGUGGACAUCGAAGUAGGAUCCUCUCUUUUCGUAGAGGGGACCAAUUAUAUCAGUCCACUUUACGAGUUCGAAUAG